AUGGCAACCAAAAAGACUAGAGGAAGACAGAAGAUUGAGAUGAAGAGAAUUGAAAAAGAAGAAGACAGAUUGAUCACUUUCUCAAAACGUAGAUCUGGUAUCUACAAAAAGGCGAGUGAACUUGUGACUCUUACUGGUGCUGAGGUUGGAGUAAUGGUGUUUUCACCAUCAGGAAAGGCUUUCUCCUUUGGCCAUCCUUCCAUUGAAGCUGUGGCAAACCGUUUCACAGGCGGGCAGCCAUUGGAAAGUGACCCAAUUCACCGUCUAUUGGAGGCUCGCCGCAAAGAGAGAAUUGAUGAAUUAAAUCAACAUUACAACGACCUCCUCAGCCAACUUGAGGUCGAGAAUGAGCGACACAAGUUGUUGAAGGAAAUGAGGAGUGGAAGAGGAACUCAGGGAUGGAUAGAUACUCCUAUUGAUCAAUUUAACAUGGAGGAACUUCACCAAAUGCAUGGCUCUUUGGAUAAGUUGGAGAAAAAUUUGUUAAACAAAAUCUACCUCAAGACUGGUAAUGAUCUCGGUGCCUCUUCUUCAUUGAUGGCUCCUUCACAAAAUCUUGACCAAGCAAGAAACCCUUUUCCAAUGAAUAAUCCAACUGAAGCAGGUCCAUCUUGUAGUUCGUUUGCUCAAAGCUAUGGUGGUUUUCAUCCAAAUCAAUUCUAA